UAUCUUGAAAACCGUUAAUAUAAAAUGUUGGGUCAUAUUUUGUUAAUAUGAAAUGUACGUGUAAAAAAGAUCAUUGUCCCGUUGCAACGCACGGGCAUUUCACCUAGUAAUGAAAAACGGGCUAUAUCUCUGGUGCUGAAAAAAAUAUAUAACAAGGUCACUAAGCCCAUGUUGUUUGGACUCUUCGUGGCCAACCUAGCCGGGCCGAACUUUUCUUUUUCUGCAAAGGCCGACAUAGGCCCGCCUAAAGAAACCUAUCCAGCACACCAGGACGAUGUGGCCUCGUGCGCCCCUCGCCUCCUCCACGUCCACUCCCCCACACGGAUCCCCCCCUAAACCCCUCGCGCCGCCGCCGCUGAUCUACUCGGCCUCCGCCGCCGCUGCCUUCUCCUCCCAUGUCCCGCCGCCCCGCCUGCUCCCUCGUCCCCCUGCUCCGCAGCCGCCGCUGCCCCCACGACGCCACCACCCCUCGGUCCUUCACCGCCGGCUCCGUCCCACCCGGCGUGAUCUCCUACACCUGGCCGCCGCCGCCGCCUCCUCCGCCCAAUCCCACCGGGUCGUGGUGCCCGGCGGCGUCUUAUUCUUCCACGUCGCCGCCGCUCCCGCCCUUCGCGGCAUCCCAUCUCCGCGCCGCCGUCUCCUCGCUCGCCGCCUCGCUCACCGCGAUCCCGGGGCCUGACCCGGACCCGGUGCCCGCCCUCCACGAGCACUCCUUCCCUACCCUCCUCGCCGUCUCUCCGCUCGCGUCGCUCGAGCUCCUCUCGCUGCUCCGGUCCAGGCCGCGGCUAGGGCUCGCCGUAUUCUCAUUCCGCCGCGCGCUCUCCCCGGUCCCCUCGCUCGGCGAGUUCGCCCUCGCCAUCUCGCUCGCGAGCCGCGCCCGCGACCAUGACGCGGCGGCCGCGCUCUUUGCCGACGGCACCGCUACCCAUUCCCCGAACCAGGGGCUGUACAACGCUCUUAUGGCGGCAUACAUGCACAACGGCCUCCUAGACAGCUGCAUCGAGACCUUCCACGCGCUGGAGCGCGACCCAAGGUGCGGUCCGCCCAACGUGGACUCGUACAACAUCCUCAUAGCCCUGUACGGUCGCUCCCUCCUCGUUGACCACAUGGAGGCCACGCUCCAGUCGCUGGAUGCUUCUGGCCAACCCCGCACUAUUGGUACGUACAAUGCAAUCAUCUCUGGUUACCUCACCGCGUGGAUGUGGGACAAAAUGGAAGCCGUGUUUCAUGAGAUGGUGUCGGGCCAUGUUGCUCCAGAUGCUACUACGCAUCUGUUGAUGUUAAGAGGAUAUGCACAUGCCGGGAGGAUCUAUAAAAUGGAGCAAGCUUAUGAGCAUGCUUGCAAACUUGUCAGAAAGUUUGACAUUGUGCAUAUACGUGCAAUGCUUUGCGCAUACUGCAAGUUUUACCAUGUAGGUAGAAUCCAAAAGAUUGAGGAUUUGCUCAAGCAGUUGGGUCCUGAUGAUUAUAGGCCGUGGCUAAAUGUGCUCUUAAUUAAGGUGUACGCUCAGGAGGGGUUGGUUGAUGGGAUGGAGCUGCAUAUUUCUGAGGCAUUGCAACACAAUACCAUUGUCAACACAAUAAAGGUGAUGCGAGCCAUCAUAUGUAGCUAUUUUCGAUAUGACGCAGUUGACAAACUUGUACAUUUUGUACGUCUGGCUGAGGAGGCUGGUUGGAAGCUGUGCCGGAGUUUGUACCACUGCAAGAUGGUAAUGUAUGGGAAUCACCAUCGAUUGGAAGAGAUGCAUGGGGUGCUAGAUGAGAUGGAAUGUUUUAAGAUUGAUCGAACAAAGAAGACAUUUUGGAUCAUGUACAAGGCAUAUGUUAGUUGUGGGCGGAGGGCUGAGGCCAACACUAUACUUGGCAUGAUGUGGAAGCAUGGGUUUGGACUUCCUCGCAACAUAUCUGUUCAAUAACUUGAUCUAUCUGCUCCACCUAUUGGUGAAAAUUUUUGCUUUCUGGCAAGCUACCUGUUUUACUGAAAUGAGCUUUCAAUGCCUUUGCUACUCGAAGAGCAAAAGGACUACAUGAAACCCUAAAGUUCCAGAGUUGAUAGAAGUGUGCGGCAGCAGUGAUGUCUAUGGAAUGUAGUACCUGUGCAGACGGCUGAAGUUGAUGUGGACAUGUUGGCCCUGCAACUACAUUUUGAACCUGCUGCCUUUUGUUGCCCAUUCUUGUUCUGCACAAGUUAUACAGCUGGCCAUGGGAGAGUCAUAGAAGACAUCCGGUGCAUUUAUUAAGAUGAUGCAUCACACUUACACAUAUUUAGCAAGGUGAAGAUGAGGUGCCUUCGUGAUUGGUAUCGUGGUUCUAGCUUUUUAUCAUAGCGGAGGUACUACAUGGAGGUUUUGACUGAAUAUUUAUUCUGCUGCCUUGCUUUUCUGCCCCAUAUUCGGACUGUUGGGAAAUGAGGAUAUGUGAAGCUUGUUUGGCAGUACAUCUUUGAACUUUGAAGAUCAAGCAAUCAGCACUCUCCUUUGGAAUCUCUAUAGUGGUGCUAGAGGGCAAGUAAUGACCAAAUUGAUAGCCUGCAAAGCACUUUAUGGUUUCACAGAAGCUCAAGUGGUGGGUGAUACAUGCGGAAUGUACAUGUACAUGGAACGAAAGGAACCAAACAGUAGGAGAUAAUAGGGCUACUGAUCUGCAUAGAUUUUCUUUAGGGUCAUUAUAGUGGUGCCGCCGAGGCACUUCCAGGUUCUCUCAUUUUCAGGCUAAAAGGCAUGACAUAUAAUGUUACGCCUUUUCCCGCUAAUAAUUGACAUUUGCACCAGUUUUUAACGUGCGUGCAAUCAUUCUUUUGCCAAUCAUACAAGCUGUACUCAGGAGAACUGUAGUUGUCGAGCGUGUCUGAUAGUUUUUGUCUUCGUUCCAUGUAUCGUGUGGCCUCUCCUUUAGCAGCUGCCAAUAAUUGUAGGCCUGUCUUAUUGCUUCAGAUUGGAAUCCAGGUGUUUCCAAUUUGUUUGGUCUUCGCACAA